AUGGAUCAAGGUUUUACUUUCAAUGAGAGAGGAUACACAACAUUGCAUUUGGAUUUUAAGGAUACGGACAUGGAUGUCGAUAGAGCUCCUGAUACUCAAAAGAAUGUUGAAUCAUCUUUGUCUGUUGAAGUUUGUGAAGAGGCUAUUGUGAUGGCUCAAGGAUCUGAACCUAAUAUGGCCAUUCUACCUGAUGCUGUUGUUGAUGUGGAAUCAAGUAAAAUAUCAUCUCCUGUCAUGCGGUGA